AUGUCUCCACACACUCUUAGCGAGCCUACGAUUGUUGAGACGUCUGAAACCGAGCUUAUUUCCGGUACCGAGUCGUUGUCCGAUCUUGGGGCUGCCGCAGUUCAGUACAAAGUCGAUGCCAAGUUGUCCCUUGAUGACCUCUUUGCUGAGCUUGCUGAGGAGACUUCAACUGGUCAAACCACAGUAAAAGACCCAGAACAAUCAGAAGAUGAGUUCAGUAAGAUCAGAAAGGCCAUGUCAAAGCUCCCCAAGAUCGAGUCGAGUUUGGAGGCCAAGCUUGAACAACAUGAUAAGAAUACCAUAACUGGGAAGGGCCAUGAUAUAACGAGGAUCAAUGAUCCUAUAGAACACAUACGUCUGAGUGCAGCUGAAAAGGCCAAGCUUGGCGAGGAUGCUGGAGCUAAAUGGUUCAACAUGCGUAAGCCAGAACUCACAGCCGCAGUUAAAAGAGACCUUUUGGUAAUUCAACAAAGAAGUGCAUUGGAUCCAAAGAGACAUUAUAAGAAGGAUAAAUGGCAAAUCCCCAAGUUUUUCGAAACUGGGACCAUUAUCGAGGGUAACACCGAGUUCUACUCACGUAUGAAGCGUAAGGACCGUGGUAACACCUUGGUGGAGGAAGUAUUGAAUGACCAAGACAAGGGCAAAUACUUCAAGCGUAAGUACGCCGAAAUCCAAGAAAAGAAGACAAGUGGUAAGAGAGGUCAUUAUAAGAAGGUGAAGGAGAUGAGAAAGAAGUUUUAG